AUGGACAUAUAGUCAAAAAUGAAGAAAAACCACUCUCUCUUGUCUCUUUGUUCAAGAAGCAAAGGGGAUACGGUUGGCUGUUCAAGAUUGUUCAAGAUAUUCAGUCUGUCACUAAUAGAGAGAGAUAAGGAAAUGCCUUCCCAUAUGAGAGAGAGAAAGGAAAAGCGAAGAUGCUCCCACUAAAGCUGGUACGCGCUCUGGUCUUGGGAGAAACCAUUAACAACCCUUUGCAGCAAUCCUGUGACCGCGAUGACAAUGACCAUCUUGCUCGAGAUGCCAAUGAUGUCCUUUCCCGUCACAAGCAGAGAAGAAGAAGGAGAUUCAAAACCAGCGCUGACAAAAUCACCAUAAUAAAAUCCCCACUACUCCUAUUCCUCCCAACAAAAGAGCUCAUCACAGACACAUACAGACUCGCCACCAUAGCCAGAGACAUGGGCAUGGACUUGUACCCCACUCCAUCUCUCUCUCACAUCAUUUUUGCAUACCCAUCAUCAUCGUCAUCCUCCUCAUCCCCAUCAACCUCCUCCUCAUCAUCACCAUACCCCAUAUCGUGGUCAUCCUCAUCGCUCUCAUCCUCCUACUUACCAAAUGAUGCCGUUCCCCUCCCAUUUCCUUCACUGACUACGGCCUCUCUCACCCACCUCCGCUCCUUUGUGACACUUUCCAAAGGCCUCUUCAAACUAGCCUUUAUCAAGGUCGCCCAUUCCCCUAGCAAAGCAACCGCCGACACCACGAGUAACUGGGAUUGUUGCUCACUCUCUCUCUUCUCCCGGCUUACAGGCAAUCGAAUAGACACCAUGGAUGGCUUUUCUCGGUCUCUGGCAGGAAUGGGUUGGACCCUUUUCAAGACCAACCAAAACCCAUCUUCGGAUUCCGGGGAUGGGCGGGUUUCUGGUGGGAAUUUGGUGUAUUUGUUCAGGAAGGUCGGGUCCAGCCGGGUUCGGUUAGGGCGGGUAAAUGGAGAUGGUGGGAGUGGUGGAGAGUGCAGAAUUAGGGAGUUGAGGUUGCCCCCAUUGGAUUUUGGGAAUGCCCCUUUGAGGAUUUUGCAGUACAUUCUUCUAAUGACUGAUGAUAUCUUCUAUCUAGCUUGAUACUGGUAAUUAUAUUAUUUGAAUAUUGGGUUUGGUUCUCAGAGAAUUUGAUAUGUAGAGGAGUGAAGAAGGCAGAGUGGAGAAGAAAAUUUGGGUCUAUCCGAAAUUUGGAGUCAUUUUGUUCCUCCUACUAGCAUGAACUUGAGUAACUAACAAAUUUCAAAUUUGAUCUCUUUUCCCUUGUUUUUUGUAUAGUUUCCCCAUUUUGUUCAUGAUAAUGACUGGGUUUUAUCUAAUGGCUUCUCAUGCCGCUGGGGUUCACCAGCUUUAGACUAACUUUUGUAUUACAUCCAUACUUGUACCAUGUAUCAACUUUUUCUUACCCUUUUUUGAUCUUUUUCCUCUUCUUGUUGACGAGGUCGUUAUAUACAAUAUACAACUACCAUUACAGACAGCUAUAAUAUCUUUAGAUGUUACUUUGAAAA